CUCCGCAACCUAUUCAGGAAAGCCACCUCAACGCACGAUCGUUCGAAUCCUGGUGAGGUGUCCCAGUCUCCUCUCUCUUCGCCUCCACCGGGGAUUACCAGUCUCCCCGGAAGCGCAGGGUUGAGCAGCGAAGAGCUCGCUUCCCCGGGAGAGGAGCCCCCGUCUCCAGGAGAAGAACGGCAGCCCGUCUCAGCACCAGCACAGGUGCAGGCAUAUGUCCACUCGCAUAUCCCCAGCUAUCAGGGAUAUACGUCAAGCGCGAGCACGCACAGUACUCGCAGCAGAGGGAGCUCGUCGGGCAGCAGUGACUUGCUCGGCCCAACUACCCCGCCGCCGCCUGUGCCUCCGUUGCCUGCGCUGCCUGGCUUUUCAGGAACUGGUAUGGUACCAAUUACCUCGGCUGGCAACGUGCCUGCUGUACCUGUGCCUAUGGGUGUUGUUGGAUCAGGAGUGGUGGGACAUCAAGGCAGACCGAGAAAAGGCAGCGAAGUGACUGCUCCUAGCCCCCUGGCGACCGUCACAGCUUGGAGUGAGGAAGGGGAGGGGGAACAUGAAGAUGCUGAUGGGGAUUUAGAGGUAUCGCCCAGUUUGGAAUCUGCUUUGACCGGGGAAGAAGAAGAGGAGGGGUGGAGGGGGACGGUUAGGGGUUUACCGCCCCCUCCUCCGUCUAAGAGUGAUGUGUAUCCUCCAAUUGCACUUGCGCCUGCGGCUACAAUUAUGUCUCCUCAAGCGGCAACAGGUGGGCUCGAACUCCCUACUGGUGAGGAAGACGAAAUGGAUGGCGAGAAGCUGGAGACGCCUGUUGCUGAUGUGGGCGGGGAGAUGUUCGCCGGUGUUGGAAUCUUUGGCGGGGUGGCGGAGAGGAGAGGGAUCCUCCAGCGCAGCCCUAGUGAUCCCCAGCACGGGAAGAACUUGCGAUUUGAGGUGAAUGGGGAGGGGAGUGACGUUAGUGGUGCCAGUGGUGGACCUGGAGCUGGAAGGAGCAGGGAACGACCAAGGGGCGGCUCGUUGUCCUCUGGCGGGUCGGCGAGUGCGAGUUUGUCCGCUAGUGCGAGCGUCUUUGGUCUUACCGGAGUGGAGCCGACGAACUUGGACGAAGCGCGAGAACUGGUACACGAGACCCAGCGCGCUAUACUCGCUUCCUUCGACAUGGACGCCUCUGGUGCUGCUUCCGGUUCUGCGCCAGGCACAGGGAUGACGCUUGAGCACCAGCUCGCCAUGUACGGUGAGACUCUGGCUAUCGAGCGCGAGUUUGCGCGCAGGGAGGAGAAGGAACGUGAACGUCGACAGAGGGAGGAGGACCGACAGCGCCGGCGGCUCGAGAAGGAGCUCGGGUUCGGCGGGAGGAGGGGAAGCGAGGGGAGCGUUGGUCUUGGCCUUGGAUUCUCCCUUGGCAGUGUGGGCGGUAUGGGCAAGGGAAGCACUGUGUUGCUCUCUUAUGAUCCGCCGCCGUGGUUGUUGGACGAUAUCGCUGCGCGGAGGGCGGCCCAGGGGCUGGAAGGUGGGGAGGCGACGCCCCCUACUCCCCCGGAAGACGGCCGGCCUGCUGAGAACGGGAACCGGAGUGCGACCGCUAAUGGACAGGCGGAUGGGACGAACAGACUCAGCCCGCCCGCGCAUCAGUAUCGACACCGACCGCCUGCGCUGUCCUUGUCUUCCUCAGGCUCGUCGACUCGGCCCCGGAGGCCGCCACAUCGUCGUGCAAUGUCUAGCAGCUCUAGGAGCGGAUCGGGGUACGGCUCGGUCAUGGAAGAGCCUGAAGAUUACCCCCUGCCCUGGGGAAACACUGUUCGCCGGAAUGCGUACCAUCCAACUUCGGAGGCCCAUUCACGUUCGCAGAGUAACGAUUCUAAUGGUUUGAAUACUUCUGGUCCGGAGAUCGUCCACACCGGUCCUACGCCGGUCUCUUCUCCAGGCACGGCGACGAGCACGCAGCCCAACAGCGCUUCCACCGAAUCUUCAACCAAGACGGAGACGCACGGGAACUAUGCACACCGGAUUUGGGACACCCCGCCGUACUCUUCUAUCCCGACGGGGCUCUAUGAUCGUGACAAGCCUUUAUCCGAAGUCCGGGGACUGGUCGAGAGUCCGAGCGAGAUGACACUUGUUGCGAGGAAGCUGAGUAAGACUCCCCCGGCUGGGCAGGAAUUUACCCCGGAAGGCACAGUCAGCCCGCAGAGUGACACGGGCCCUGGACGUCGGUUUGGAGGACUCGGCAUCAGGGGGUUUGUCCAGACGCUCACUGGGCGAUGAUGAGCUGCUAGCUAACCCAGCAAGCUGCUGCCUAUGUACGAUUUUCAAUUGUCGGCGUCGUUGUCCGGCCUGCAUGCGAUCACGCGAUCACUUUUUCCAUUCACCAUUUCUCUCCAUUGAUCGCUGUUGUCAUUGACGACGUGUUUCAUUCAUCGACCCCUUCAUCAACCCAUUCAUUCUUCUCUGCGUAACAUCUAUCUGGACCAUCUUUACGAGCGAACCCGUGUGCGAUAUCUUUCUCUGUGUGGCGUUUUUAUCCGGUGUGUUUGUAUGUUUUCCCUGUACGUAACCGGGGCGGCGAUGUCGUUGGUUGAUGAGCAGCUUCUGGUGUUGUUUUAUUUGGUUUAUCCUGUGACGUCCCUCUCCGUUUUCCUAUUAUGUCCUGUGUGUAUCAACGUAUAUAUGGUGUACGAGGAGAUGAACAAUCCAUAGCUGUUGUUU